CGUCCUCCCCGCCACCGCCGCGGCCGCCGGAGCAGUUUUGGGGUCCCACCAUGAGCAGCUCCCUGGACCUGGACCAAGCCCCCACCCUGGACGAGCUUCUGAGGGGCUGCGUCGAUGCCUUCGACGCGCAGGGGAAGGUUCGGGACCCCCAACUCGUCCGACUCUUCCUGGCGACACAUCCCUGGUACCUGCCCCAGGCGGAGGUGGCCGGGAAGCUGCUGACCCUGGUGCAGGAGUCGGGGGGCUCGGCCGAGGGUCCCUCCCUGCGCCUCAAGAUCGGCCACUUGGUGCGGUACUGGGUCCGGGCGUUCCCGCAGGAGCUCUCGGGGGACCCCCAGGUUUUGGGGCGACUCCGGGAAUUGGGGGCGGCGCUUGGGGGGGGACCCCGAGACCCCCCUCGGCCUCGAGAGCCUCUCUGUGACAUCCGCGCCUUCGCGCGCUCCGCGGGCACCUCGAGCUCCCCCGCUCUCCGCCGCUUGGUGGCGCUGUCCAACGGCCUCUCGCGCUGGGUGCAGCUGCGCGUGCUGCGCCCCCUGGCGGCCCCGCAGCGCGCGGCGGCGCUGGGGCAGUGCCUGCACCUGGCACAGAGCCUCCUGGAGCUCCGCAACUUCAACUCCCUCCUGGCCGUGGUCGGGGGGGCUCGGCCACGGCUCCCAUCGCGCGCCUGCGCCGGACCCCUCGCUCUGCUGACCCCCCCCCCUCAUCCAGCUGUGGGCACAGCUGGCCGAGGCCCGUGGGCUCGGGGGGGAACUACCGGGGCUACCGGCGCUGCUGGGGGGCGCGGGGAGCGCAGGGGGGUUCCGGGUGCCGGCGCUCGGUGUCCACCUGCGGGACCUGGUGGUCGCUGGAGGCAGGCGCUGCCGGACUGGGGGGGCCCGGGACGCCCCCACCCCAACAAACUGCGGGCCCGCUUUGCCCUGCAAGGGGCGCUGCUGGCGGGGCGCGAGCAGGGACCCCCCGGCACCCCCCACCCCGACCUGCUCCGGCUGCUGGAGGUGUCGCUGGCGCUCGGGCCCAGCGAGGAGCAGCUCCACCAGAUGUCGCUGCAGCGCGAAGCCCCGCGAGAGCGCCCCCGUGAGGCCGGGGGGAGCGGGGGGGGAACGGGGGGCGAGUGUGGAAAGGGGGGGGGCGGGGGGGCCCCCCCCGGAGCUGCCCCCCCGCCCUCCCCCCCGAGCGCUGGGUGCUGCCCGAGCCCCCCCGGCCCGACCCCGCGGGGCUGCGACCCCGCCUCGAGCAGCUCGUGGAGUCCAUUUUCCGGAACUUCGACGUGGACGGGGGACGGGCGGAUCUCGGUGGAGGAAUUUGGGAUCGUGCGGGAAAACUUCCCCCCACCUGCCCCCCUGGGCGAGCUGGACACCGACAUGGACGGGGGACUCAGCCGGGGGGAGGUUCUGGAUUAUUUUCCUGCGCUGCAGCCAAGGACCCCCCCCCGGGACCCCCCCCACAACUUCCGGGGGCUGAGGGGGCUGCGCGCGGGCCCCUGUGAGACCUGUGGGAAACUGAUUUGGGGUCUGCACAAGGAUGGGCUGGAGUGCAGCGGCUGCGGCCUGCGCUGUCACAUCGCGUGUCGGGAGCGGCUGCGCCCCGAGUGUCGCCGGCGUGCCCAGAGCGUCGCCGCUGCCCCCCCGGACCCCCCCGGAUCCCCCAAAGCCCGGCCCCGCUCCUUCAGCCUCUCCCUGCCCUGGCCCCGCCGGCCCUCGCUGCGCCCCACAGAGCCCCCCGAGGAGGUGCAGGAACUGGAGGAUGGAGUUUUUGACACCCACCUGUGACAGCGUCCCGGAGGCUCUGGCCCCCCCUCGACCCCACCUGACCCCGGCCCCCCCUCACCCCACGGAUUUUGGGGUGGCUUUGGGGGGGCGCAAACACCUCGGUCCCCCCCCCCCCCCACAGGGGGUGUUUGGGGGGGGGUGGGGGGGGGGGGGGCUCUGCUUGUCCCGUGGGAAUAAACUCCAUGUUCGUGUGUC